GGUAGCGGAAUGUCGUGAACGCUCGCUUUACUUUCGAGACUCUUACAGCUUCUUCUGGCAGUACACUCCACUAUCCUGCCUUCAAUGUGUUCUUGAAACAGAUUGACAAGUAAUUAUUAUUUUGAAAACUGUACUGCUUAUUUGACUCCAAAUAAAAUGAAAGUGUUGUUUUUUUGUGUACAAUAACUACAUCAUAUUUCUCUUGUGUUUCCUUAUGAUGCUUAAGGCAUUUGCAGAAGCAAGCCAAACCAACCGGCAUAUAACUCGCGGAUAAUGAGUUUAUACUGCACGUGGAAGGAACCGCGACAUCGCAUAGAGUUGUGCGCCAUAUUGGAGGAACAAGUUGGCCUGGCAUGCCUCCCGCCUUUGAUCUUCUCUAUUAUUGAUGCAAUUUUACUCUCAUUUCCAUUGUAAGGACAAUCAUUUUCAAGAAGGUUACACAGGACCACGCACACAUUUUCUAGGACCAAACAAGUCCUCCCUAUCUAUAUAAGAGUCAUUGUGCGCACCUACUUCAACAUUUCCGGACCUGGCACAGGAUUGGCUCCAUUUAUGGGAUUUUUACAGGUUGGUUGCUUUAGGGUGUUUUUAAUUUUAAAAUCUACUUUCGUUCCUUGAGAUGAUGAUAACAAGGGUUUAGUCCCAUCAGAAGAAGAUGAAUUAAGGAGGAGAAAUGUUGUUUUCAAGUAAAAAAAGGUUUUUGGGCAUAAAUGACAGCAUAUUCAAUGCUUUAUUCCUCGGCUUCACCUGCUGGAGUAAAUGCUAGAAUUGGCGUUGCAAUUUAAUUGUGGAAUUUGAGGGAUUCACGAUGCAUUGCUACAGAUUUUAUUUGAUUUGCAGCUUCCCCAAAAAAAAUCAGCUGAAGCUGGGAAGGAGAUGAUUUGGAUGUCAGACUAUCUGGAAGAGUUGGGAAAGAAGCAGAGCAAGAAGAUCCUUUACUCAGAUAGCCAAAGUGCCAUCCAAUUGGUGAAAGAUCCAGUCUAUCAUUCGAAGACCAAGCAUAUUAGAAGACGUUACCAUUUCACUCGCAGGGCAGUGGAGGCUGGUGACAUGAGCUUGGAGAAGAUAGAGGGUGCAAAGAACCCGGCAGACAUGUUGACAAAACAUGUUGAUGUUGGGAAACUGGGGUUGUGCAAGACCUCGGUUGGUCUUCUGUAGUUGUUCACUACAGAUGUUGCGGUGCGGUGAAGAAAUUGAUGAUGUUGGC